GCCUGGGUCCAAGUCCAACCCGCACCUGCUAGCUUCACAGCCUGAUGCCACCACCGGCAUCGAGCCGAAAGAGGCGACCACCCAUGGACCAACCCGCGGCGGUCGGGGACGGCGCUCCGCAGAAGAAAUCCUCCGCGGCCAAGAAGGCGAAGAAAGGCGGCGCCAGCAGCAGCGGCGGCGGCGGCGGGGCAUGGCCGGCGAUAAAGCCCAAGAAGGACCUCCAGAUCAAUCGCCUCAAGGGCACCCAGCUCCUCACCGUCCUGAAUUUCCUCACUUCUGCUGAGGCGAAGGCUUUCGUCGAUGCCGCUGAAUCUAUGGGCUUCACGCACCAGGGCAGCCUUGGGCCGCUCAAGGGGGAGGCUUAUAGAGAUAAUGACCGGAUAUCUGUCACAGAUCCCUUGCUUGCUCAAACCAUGUGGGAAUCAGGGAUAAACAGAAUAUUCUUGGAUAUCAACAUCGCCGGCAAAGUAGCAACCGGCUUAAAUCCAAAUAUCAGAUUUUACAGGUACGUUGAAGGUCAACGCUUUGGCAGGCACAUUGAUGAGAGCGUCAACCUUGGGGAUGGUUGUAGGACACAAUAUACAUUGUUGAUAUACCUUUCUGGUAAGGGAAGCGCAAAAGAUUCACAAGCUCUUGUUGGAGGGGAGACUGUCUUCUAUGAUCACCGGGGAGGAAUUGUUGCUGAGGUUGCUCCAGUGCAAGGUAUGGCUCUACUCCACCUACAUGGUGCCAGAUGCAUGCUGCACGAAGCCCGCGUUGUCAAAAAGAAUGUCAAGUACGUGCUCCGUUCGGAUGUUGUAUUUGCAUAGCUGAAUAAGUAAUCCAAGGACUCAAGAUAUUCCAUAGCCGUGGAGACAGAAGCCUCACACAUAGGGCAAACUUGACAGCUGAUUUCUGUUGUAUAAGAGAUCUGUAAACUGCUGUUGCAAUUUUGGAAAUGAUCUGAUAUCAAGUUUGUGUUUUAGCUAAAACGUCACUGCAUUUGCUGUUAAGGUGUUAUUUGUUAUCUGCAAAGUUGACUACAGUUACUUUUU